AUGCGGGCAGCCGUAAAUCCCAGCGUAGGUCUCGUGAGUCAAGCAGAAUCGGCGGCAGACGCCCACAUGGUUGGAGCAAGCGCGGGAAGCCAGCGGAAGGCCCACCUCCUGUCCAGCUUGGAGCAUGGUACACAAACAGGACGGUUCUCGCCAGAUGGGUUUUCCAGCUGCAGGCGAGAUCUCAGCAAAGGAGGAGAGGUGAGCCCAGAGAAGCGGCUCUGGAAACAGCCGGGCUGCCUCGAUUCAGGACGAACAGAAGAAUCCGGCGUCUGCCCAAGGGGAAAGAUUGGGAGCUGCUCUCUCCGGAGGAGGAUGGUGCCGUGGUUCAUUGGGGUGGCUCUCCUUGGACUCUGGCCAGGCCUAGGGGCAGAAACGUUCACGUCCAUGCUCAGCAUCCAGCAGGCGCUGGCGACCGAGAGAGAACUCCUCCGGGGCUUGCGCACAUACCUCGACGAAGAGACCAGCAGGCUCAAAGACCUCCAAAGAUUCUACCAGAAGAUCCAGGCCUUGCAUCAAGGAGUGGGGGGCACCGUGGUCAACCCUUUGUCAGCCUACACCCUGAUCAAGAGAUUGCAGUCAGAAUGGCUGAAUGUGGUCUAUAGCAUGGAGGCCAGCCAGAACAGCCAAGCCCUCAAGAGCGGCUACCAGAAGCUGGAGAAGAGCCUGCCCGUCUUGGAGGACCUGGAGGGGGCCGCCCGGGCCGUGAUGCGUCUGCAAGACGUCUACUCCCUCAGCGUUCGGGGGCUAGCCCAAGGGAGGUUCCAGAAGGUCAGCGGAGCUCCCCGCCUGGACAUCUACAGCCCUAGGCAGGAUUUCUCCCUCUCCGCCGACGAUUGCUUCCAUAUAGGCAAGGUUGCCUAUGACAUGGAGGACCAUUACCACUCCAUUACGUGGCUAGAGGAAGCGGUCAACCUCUUCCGGGACUCCUACGGGAGCUGGAACACAGAGGACGAAGGAAGUCUUGAAGAUGCCCUCGACCAUCUUGCCUUUUCUUACUUCAAGGCAGGAAACAUUUCUCAUGCCUUAAGUCUCUCCCAAGAAUUCCUUCACUAUGAUCCGAGCAACAAGAGGAUUGCCAGAAACAUCCUGAAGUACGAGAAACUUCUGCAGGACUCCUCUGAGAGUGGUGAAGAGACGCCAGCCCUGCAAAGGCCAAAUGUGACGCACCUGGAGACCAGAGAUAUGUACGAGAAGUUGUGCCAGUCCUUGGGAUCUCAGCCCACCCAGUACCGGCAGGCGGGCCUCUGCUGCUCCUACGAAGCUAACGGGAACCCUCAACUGGUCCUCCAGCCGCUGAAGAGGGAAGUCAUCCACCAGCGUCCUUACGUAGCCCUCUACCACGACUUUGUCAGCGAUUCUGAAGCCGAGAAGAUCAAGGAAUUGGCCGCUCCUCGGUUGCAGAGGUCAAUAGUCGCCUCCGGAGAAAGACAACAGAAAGCCGACUACCGGAUAAGCAAAAGUGCCUGGUUGAAAGACACUGUGGAUCCCCUGAUUGUGACGCUCGAUCGGCGGAUCGCAGCCCUGACCGGUUUGAACAUCCAGCACCCCUAUGCAGAAUAUCUGCAGGUGGUGAACUACGGGCUAGGGGGUCACUAUGAGCCCCAUUUCGACCAUGCGACCUCAAGAAAAAGCCCCCUUUACCGGUUGAAAUCUGGAAACCGAAUAGCCACGUUGAUGGUUUAUCUGAGCUCUGUAGAAGCUGGAGGAUCCACAGCCUUCAUCUACGCAAAUUUCAGCAUACCUGUGGUCAAGAAUGCGGCUCUUUUUUGGUGGAACCUUCAUAGGAACGGAGAGGGGGACGAAGACACCCUCCAUGCCGGCUGCCCGGUGCUUGCAGGAGAUAAAUGGGUGGCCAAUAAAUGGAUCCACGAAUAUGGCCAGGAGUUCCGGAGGCUGUGCGGCACCCACCCAGAAGACUAG